AUGUCCGUAUUAACACAAUUAUUGAUGUCAAUCAUAUCGGAUAAUAUAUGGACAACAAUAACCAGUUUACUAAUUGUAUUAGUAGUCUAUAAAUUGGCAAAAUUUUAUUAUCGCUACUACAGUCUACCUCCCGGUCCAUUUCCAUUACCGAUUGUCGGCAAUUUGUUAGCAUUUAGAUCUAAACAAUUUUGGGAGAUUAGUUUGAGAAAUAUUGCCAAAAAUUAUGGUCCAGUUUUUACAUUACAUUUGGGUAAUACUCCGUACAUAAUAAUAACAGACGUAGACAUUGGUAGACAAACGUUUGGUAAACAAAGUGUUUUGGGAAGACCUGACAGUUAUUUACGCAAAUUUUUUAAAAACGAUAUCAUUUUUGCCGAUUACAGUCAACAUUGGGAAGUACUUAGGCGUGUGGCGCACUCGGCCGUACAAAAAUAUUCAGUUAAUGAACGAUUAGUUAACGUAGCGGUCGAUUGUGUGGACAAAACAGUGCAAACAAUUUUGGAAACCGAGGGUCCAAACAAACCAAUCGAUCCAUUCAAUUAUCUAUAUCUAAUGUAUCUAAAUAUAAUGGCAACCAGUUGUUUCAGUCAAAACUAUAAUAUUGAUGACCCGGAAUUCCAACAAAUCAAAUACGGUUUCAAAGAUUUUGGCAUUGAAUUUGGUUUGCGAUCAUUCUUAUGGGAAAUUUCCGCAAUUAUCCGAUGGUUUGAUAGGAAAUCUGUUCAAAAAUAUGAUAAAAUAUUUACAGAUUUACGUCAAUUAUUUAGAUAUAACUAUUUGUUACAUUUGAAUGAUUACGAUUCCCAAAUUGAACGUGACUUUUGCGAUGCCCUGAUUGGCGCCAAAAACGAUUCAAUACGUGAGGCUAAACAAUCGGCAACGUAUCUGACCGAUGAUAAUCUAGUUAUGGCUGUAUUUGAUUUGUUUAUUGCCGGUACCGACUCGUCAUAUCUGACUUUAUUAUGGUCACUGUUGUUAUUAGCCUACUAUCCGGACGUUCAGCAAAAGUUACGCAAAGAAAUUGAGUCCAUAAUUGGCGACCGAAUGCCAUCCCAUGACGAUAGACAACGAUGUCAUUAUGUGAUGGCAUUUAUGGCCGAAAUAUUGAGAUACAAAAAUCCUGGACCAACCGGUUUCUUUCAUAAGGCAAUGACUACCUGUAAAAUAGGCGACUAUACAAUACCUGAAGGUAUGGCUGUGUUUGUAUAUCAAGGAUUUAUUUUAUUAGACGACAAAAAUUUUGAAAAUCCCGACACUUUCAAACCCGAACGUUUCAUCGACAGUGACGGCCAUUAUAUGACUACCCGUUCCCCAGCAUUCAUACCGUUCGGUGUCGGACGUCGUUCAUGUGUUGGCGAAAAGUUGGCAAUCGCUGACUAUUUUCUUGUUUUAGUCCGAUUUCUACAAUUAACACAAAACUAUGACAUUGUUUUGGACAGUCAUCACGGUUUGGAUGGUAAAUCAUUGCCCCAUUUCAAUGGUAAACUGCGUCAACAGAUUAGAUCCCUGUCCAGUGAUAUUCAACGGAUCAUCGACUAUGUGGUCAAUGGUCGGGAUAGUGGCCAAACGUAUGCCGAGUUAGCAAAGUUUGUCGACUGGUUUGGACCGAGACUGGUCGGUACCAGUAGUCUAGAGUCGUCUAUCGACUAUAUGGUUGACCGAUUGAAACGGGAACGACAUGAUAAAGUUUAUACGGAAAAUGUUAUCGUUCCUGUUUGGACACGUGGCCGGGAAUGGGCACAAAUGGUUAGUCCGCGAAUCCAAACGCUAAACAUAUUGAGUUUGGGCUCAAGUAUCGGUACCAAUGGAUCAGUACUUACCGGUGAUGUUAUUGUUGUCAAAUCGUUUGCUGAACUAAAUAGACGAUCGCAUGAAAUCAGGGGAAAGUUUGUUGUCUAUAACUAUGAUUUCAAUAGUUAUGAUAAAUCAAUUGAUUAUAGAGUUCAUGGAGCCAGUCGUGCCUCAAAGUACGGUGCUAUCGGUGCACUGAUCCGAUCGGUUACACCAUUUUCAAUUAACUCACCGCAUACGGGUGCUCAAUCUUACGAUAAUAAUGUACGGAAAAUACCGGCCGUCAGUAUUACCGUAGAAGAUGCCGAACUGUUUGGUCGACUGGCUGGCCGUGGAGUCAACAUUACGGUCAGUCUAUCAAUGGAGGCCCGUAUGGAUGCGGAUCGGGUAUCGAGAAAUACUGUCAGCGAAAUUACCGGUUCAACUAAACCAGAUGAGGUAGUACUAGUAUCGGGUCAUCUGGACUCAUGGGACGUAGGACAGGGAGCCAUGGAUGACGGCGGCGGUGCAUUCAUAUCGUGGCGGGCACUGUCGGUCAUCAAAAAACUUGGUCUACGACCCAAACGUACGGUACAAUCGGUUUUGUGGACGGGAGAGGAAAUGGGACUCAUAGGUGUUCAACAAUACACACAGAAACAUAUCAAUGAGUUAAACAAAAUAAGUAUAGCUAUGGAGUCGGAUAGCGGAACAUUUGCGCCGACGGGUAUAACCUAUUCGGGCCGAAACCCGACCGCACAGUGUAUUGUCAACGAAUUGCUUAGACUAUUGAAACCCAUAAACGCCAGUCAGUUGACAAUUGGUGGCAUUGAUGGUAUAGAUAUUGAACUAUUGGUCGAUAAGGGUGUUCCCGGCGCUAGUCUGGACACUAGUAAUGACCGAUACUUUUACUAUCAUCACUCGUCGGGCGAUACGAUGUCGAUGAUGUCGACCCGACAACUGGACUUAUGUACGGCUGUUUGGGCGGCCAUUGCCUACGGGUUGGCCUCAAUCGAUGACCAAUUGCCCCGAUAG